AUGGUAUCAAUAUCUAUUUCACAUAUUAGGAACAUGACUCAUAAUGCUCCGCCCGUUCAGACGGAACCUCAUGUACACGUAGAUCCAAAUUCAACAUUGUUCUUAUGGUACAUAGUCAUUAUCAUUGGGCUGGUACUUCUGGGAGGAGUGUUUUCAGGUUUGACCUUGGGUUUGAUGGGUCUAGAUACGGUAAACCUUCAAGUGUUAGCGAUCUCAGGCACACCAGAAGAAAGACAGCAAGCUCCUAGAGUAUUAAAACUGAUUGGAAAAGGUAAACAUACCAUGUUAGUGGUAUUAUUAUUAGGUAAUACAUUGAUCAAUACUUCUCUACCUAUAUUCUUGGAUUCGAUCGUCGGAGGUGGUUUGAUAGCUGUUUUAGCAAGUACACUGUUGAUUCUCAUAUUUGGAGAAUAUGGUCUAGCAAUUGGAUCAUCUUUCGCACCUUUGAUCAAAAUAUUGAUCAUCUUGAGUUACCCGAUUGCUAAACCAAUGGGAAUGAUAUUGGAUUAUAUUUUAGGAGCACAUUCUGAUCCGGUCACAUAUCGUAAAGCCGAAUUGAAGACUUUUGUCAGUUUGGGUGUGGAAGAUAAAUUGAAUCAAGAGGAAUUAGCUUUAUUAGGUAGCGUACUUGAAUUUUCAGGCAAAAACGUCGGUGAUGUUAUGACUACAAAAGAGGAUAUGUAUUCGUUAUCAUCUGAGAAAAUCGUUGAUGAAGAACUAGUUUCAGAAAUCUUGAGAAAAGGGUACAGUCGUAUACCUGUAUACAGCCCCAGAUCAUCUACAUAUACUCUUCGUCGGCUCGUAUCGUAUGAUCCAACAGACCUCUCUCCAGCUUCUAAGCUUGUCUCACAGGUGUUACCUCAAUGUUCACCUGAUUUGCCCUUACUGGAAGCGAUGGCUUAUUUUCAGACCGGACGAAGUCACAUGUUACUCAUCACUUCCUCUCCAGGAGAAAACGGCAAAGUACUGGGAUUGGUCACCCUCGAAGACGUAGUAGAGGAAUUGAUAGGGAAGGAAAUUAUAGAUGAGACAGAUGUUUUUGUGGAUACGCACAGUCGCAUACCGGUAAUCAGAGGGAAAUACAAUUCGAAAAAGACAAAAGGGUUGAAAAAGAUAUAUGAAGGUCAUUUAGCCAGACAGAAAGCUUCGAUAUCAUUCGCUAGAGCUUCCGAGGGAUAUGGGAGUAUAGAUGAAGAGUCUAGAUUAGUAGGGUCCCAAAGGGAGUGA